GUAACUAAGAACAUUUACUCAAGCACUGUAGGCCAACUUCACAAUUUUGAGGAUGGUGGAUGAUGAAGAAAUAAAAAGUGACAGAAAUGAUUCAGGUGGUCAUUCAGCAUUCUGUAGUUCAAUUUAAUGACCGCUGUCCAAGGUGCUGAUGCUGAGAUCUUCAUCACACUGGGAGCUGUCCGAGGGACCCGCUGUUUGAACACUGACUGGCAGGUUUCAGCUUUUACGCGUGGCUAAUUCAGCUCUUAUUGUACCGUGAUUUGUCUUUUUGGUAUUUUGCCCUACUUUUGGUCAUAUAUGGAUAUAUCAGGCUGAUGCUCGCAGCAACAACUCUGCGGCCAGACGAUAACAAUUUGCUGUAUCAGAGACAAUCUAGGCGGUGCAGACGCACCCUUCUCUUAUCGUUAUUGGGAAUCCACAAUACUCGUCCGGCCCACCGGCCGCCCACCCAAUCAUAUGCUUCUCGGAGGGGAGCAGGUUGCUUUAAAAGCUGCAUCUGGUGCUGGAGAUUUGCUGACCAGCACGGAAAAUCCUUGAGCAGGCAAAAUGGUUGAAUGGACAGACUUCGAGCGCGCCACCAUCCAGGACAUCUUCAGCAAGAUGGAGUAUGAGGUCGUGGGACCUGCAGCUCUUUCCAGGUGUCUGAUCGUCUACCCCUGGACUCAGAGGUAUUUCGGCAACUUUGGAAACCUCUACAACGCAGCUGCUAUCAUGGGGAAUCCUCUGAUUGCAAAACACGGAACAACUAUCCUCCACGGUCUGGACCGGGGUGUGAAGAACAUGGACAACAUCAAGGCGACCUAUGCCGAGCUGAGCGUGCUGCACUCCGAGAAACUGCACGUGGACCCCGACAAUUUCAGGCUCAUUUCCGACUGCCUGACCAUUGUGAUCGCUGCUCGAAUGGGUAAAGACUUCACUGGUGAGGUCCAGGCAGCUUUCCAGAAGUUCAUCGCAGUGGUGGUGAACGCCCUGGGAAGACAGUACCACUAGAGAGCUGCAGCAGAAGACCAUCA